AUGUUCCUGUUUAUACAUGGGGUGAUGGGAGCCUUUGGGGCAGAGGAAGAGGCUGCUCUCUGUCGGAUGCUGGGAAGCCCAGAGUUCCCUCUGUUGUCUAAGGAAGGAGAUAUAAUUAUCGGGGGAGCCUUCUCCAUCCAUACCCAAAUCACAAAGCCUCUGCUCUCCUUCACAGAUCCUCCAAAACGUCUCAUAUGCUCAAGGUUUAAUUUCAGAGAGUUUCGUUUUGUCCAGACAAUGAUCUUUGCUAUUGAGCAGAUCAACAAUAGCACCUCUCUGCUACCUAAUAUCUCAAUUGGAUACAAGAUAUUUGACAGCUGUGGCUCAACUGUAUCUGCAACGCGUGCAGCAAUGGCUCUAAUGAACGGACAAGAAAGAACUUUGGGAAAAAACUGCUCCAGCAAAUCAUCUGUCCAUGCCAUUAUUGGUACCUCUGAGUCCUCUUCGACCAUUGCAAUGCUGCAAACUUCAGGGAUUUUCCAAAUACCUGUGAUCAGCCACUUUGCCACAUGUGCUUGUCUGAGUAACAGACGGGAGUAUUCUUCAUUCUUCAGAACUAUCCCCAGUGACUACCACCAGAGUAGAGCCCUGGCAAAGCUGGUCAAACACUUUGGCUGGACCUGGGUGGGUACAGUUAGAAGUGACAAUGACUAUGGCAACAAUGGCAUGGCAACAUUUAUCAAAGCUGCAGGCCAAGAGGGGGUGUGUAUUGAGUACUCAGAGGCCAUCUCGAGGACAUACCCCCAGAGCCAGGCUGCCAGGGUGGUCAGAGUGAUCCGUAACGGCAGUGCCAGGGUUUUGGUGGCCUUCCUUUCCCAUGUAGAAAUGGACAUGCUGCUGGAGGAAGCUAUGAAGCAGAACCUCACUGGAGUACAGUGGGUAGGGAGUGAGUCCUGGAUCACAGCAGGCCACCUGGCCACCAAGAGGCACCUGGACAUCCUAAUCGGAUCUCUGGGCUUCACCAUCAGAAAGUCCAAGAUCCCAGGCCUGAGAGAGUUCCUAUUACAGGUAAACCCGAGCCAAAACCCCCAGAACAGCCUGCUCAGAGAGUUCUGGGAGACCACUUUUGGCUGCAGUUUCCAAUCCAGUCUGGAUGGUCAGAGCCAGGGUAGGCAGUGCUCUGGUUCUGAGAGACUAGAUGACGUUGACAAUACAUUCACAGAUGUGUCAGAGCUGAGGAUAUCUAAUAAUGUAUACAAGGCUGUGUAUGCUGUGGCUCAUGCUAUGCACAACAUGUUAAAUUGCAGUCAUCAUGGAGAAAAGCUGAAUCAGUCAUGCAUCUGGAGAGACAAGUUCGAGCCAGUGCAGGUCUUGAAAAACCUCCAAGGUGUGAAUUUCACUCUUCAUUCAGGAGAAAGAGUGUAUUUUGAUGAUAAUGGAGACCCUGCAGCCAUCUAUGAUCUGAUGAACUGGCAGAGAAGCCCAACAGGAGAGACUGUGUUUGUGACUGUAGGGAGCUACGAUGCUUUGCUGCCAAAUGGAAAGCAGUUUACCAUGAACGGAAUAAACAUAACAUGGGCUGCUGAAUCCCUAAAGAGGCCACAGUCUGUGUGCAGUGAGAGCUGCGUCCCAGGUUUUCGUCAAGCUGUGAUUAAAGGCAAACCUGUCUGCUGUUUCUCCUGCAUUGCCUGUGCUGCCGGAGAAAUCAGCAACACCAGUGAUUCUGCAGAGUGUUCUCGGUGUUCACUGGAGUACUGGUCCAAUGAAGACCGCAGCUUGUGCGUUGCAAAAGCGGUUGAGUUCCUGUCUUUUGAAGAAACCAUGGGGACCCUCCUCACUGCUUUGUCAUUGUUUGGAGCAAGUUUAACAUUAGUUGUGUCAAUUGUUUUCUUUCAAUUCCGUGACACACCUCUUGUCAAAGCAAGUAACUCUGAGCUGAGCUUCCUGCUGCUCUUCUCCUUGACUCUGUGUUUCCUGUGCUCUCUGACCUUCAUUGGCCGGCCCUCUGAUUGGUCCUGUAUGCUGCGCCACACAGCAUUUGGCAUCACCUUUGCCCUUUGCAUAUCUUGUAUCUUGGCAAAGACUGUAGCAGUGCUGAUUGCCUUCAGAGCUACAGGGCCAAAAAACACAGUUCCUCAGUGCUCUGCCUUGCUCCAGAGGGCAAGUGUUCUGAGCUGUACCACACUUCAGGUGAUAGUGUGUGUGCUGUGGUUAACUCUUGCCCCACCAUUUCCACAUAAAAAUACAGCUCAUGCAACUGAGAAGAUCAUUCUAGAGUGUAACUUGGGUUCAGUUAUAGGGUUUUGGGCAGUGCUCGGCUAUAUAGGAAUCCUGGCAGUCCUAUGUUUUCUUCUUGCUUUUCUCGCUCGAAAGCUGCCUGAUAAUUUCAAUGAGGCCAAAUUCAUCACCUUCAGCAUGCUGAUUUUCUGUGCUGUCUGGAUCACCUUUAUCCCAGCUUAUGUCAGCUCCCCUGGGAAGUUCACUGUUGCCGUGGAGAUAUUUGCUAUUCUGGCCUCUAGCUUUGGAUUACUUUUCUGUAUAUUUGCCCCAAAAUGUUACAUCAUAUUGUUGAAACCAGAGAGGAAUACAAAAAAACACAUGCUGGGAAGAAAUAAUGCAAUAUCACUGUAA